UUUUUCAAGGCACUUUAUUUCAUGAAUUCGCGAGCUAUGCAUAAACGGGACCUUUUUUGAAAAACGUAGUAACAGUGUUGUAAUUAUACUUAAAUGUAAUACGUGAAUUUGACUUAUUUGUGCGUAACCUGGCAAUAUUGGCGAGUAGCCAAUGGGGGACAUGAAUGUGUGACAAAUGACAAUUUCUUGCGAAAUAAACAAAUUUUCCCAAUGGACGAUUCGUUUUUUGGCUUUGAUACAUCUGUACCGUACGAAGAUGAUGGACCUGGGAACCAGAUCGCCGAGCCUUCUGAAGAGGAGUAUGAUGCACUUAACGACGAGACGUUCGGUUCUGCGACUAAUGGCGACUGGGAAGAGGCUCAUGAAAAUAUGGUUCGUCUUACGGAUUGCUUCGUUUCCGGCAGUAGCUACCGGGAUUCUUUUGAGGGUGCACGGUCAAAGGGCGGGGAAACUCUAUAUUCCUCCCACGCCUCAUCUGCCAAAAAUAAAUUUUCACAUGUGUCGCAAGUAGAAAAGUUCGCAGAUUCUGAUUUGGAGUUAAAUUUGUCGGGAAUGAAAUUUGAUGAUGUUGAUUUAAGAUUCGACGAUAACGAAAGUGUAGUUGAAUCAUCUGAACUAAGUUUAGAUCCAAGUGUGUGGUCUUCAAAUUCUUUUAAGUCUUCAACCAGCCAACAAUCAAACAUAGGUGAAUUAAACAGGCAAACAGCUCUUUUCCAUGUUAAUAACGCAUGCGGGCCUAUUGGGGCAAACAAUAUUAACCAUUCUAAUUUGCAACGUCUUCAAAUGUCAGAUCAAGUACCACAUCAAAGGCACACGCAACGAAAUGAGAAUUCUGAUUUUAGAAGAGUUCAAGGAGACAUAACUGCUUGUAGGACCGACGGCGCUUAUGGUCUCCCUACCGCGCCAAAAUUUUGCACCUUGGAGGAUAUAGAAAGGCAUAUAAUUAUUGAACAAACUAUGCGAAAGCACCAAGAGGAGCAUUUUCAAUUAAAAGAAGAUUAUCGUUAUUCACAGCAACCAAUACAAAAACAAAUUUGCCAACAAUAUAUUAGUGAAACCUUGAAACAACAAAUAAAGACAUCACCACACCAUAUGCAACAACAGCAAACCGGACAUCUACAAAACAUACAAAAACAACCAUUGACGCAAUUAAAAGGUCCUCCCGGGUAUUCUAAUAACAAAGAAAGCGUGCCACUGCAGAGUAGCAAUUUGGCUAAUAACCUAUCGCAACAUCCUUUGGGAAAUUUACUUCAUCAAAAGCAAGGAGGUGGUGUCGUUGGAACUCGCCUUCCACCAGGAUUUCCUUUAUAUCCCAAGGGAUUAAGUUCGCAAUUACAACAGAACAAUCAUCAACUUCCUCCACAUCCUUUAUUAAACCAACACGGACUGCCGUCGAAUUUUCAACAAUUGCACCAGCGUCCACUGCCAAAUCCGCAUCUCCCAAUCGCUUUGAAUAACUUUGCUAUGCAUCCAAGUUUUAAUGCAAUGCGUGCAGCGGCGGCUGUGGCGGGUAUUCAUCCUGCCGCAUUGGUGCAAUCGCAACAACAACCAACACGGGUUGCUCCUCAUCCACCAAGUCCAGCAGUUCUACUCAAUACCCAACAAACCAACUCAAUGUACAAUAUGUUUAAUAUGCGCUUGGUUCAAGAAAUUCAACAAAAUCAUCCCUUGUUGCAAAAUUCGGCGCGCCAAGCACACCAAAUACAGCAAAAUAUGGCAAUAAAUGUCCAUCAUAACCAAGUUCAGCAUCGAGCCCACGUUGGGAGCAAUAAAUCUACCCAUCAACGUAGAGAUGGAGGACCUGCAAAUGGCAACUUACCGCGUGAAGAAUUUGAUGAAUAUGCUAAUUUAAUGAGCACACGUGACAAGCAUUGGUUGAUCGGUAUUCAGUUGUCACAGUUGAAUACAGAUACUCCUUAUAUCGACGACUUUUACCAUACGGUAUAUCGUGAAAGAAAGGGUGCUCAAAAUGGCAACAUCCGUCACAGCCAGGCACAUAAAGAUAACCAACUAAACCAUCCGCUAACACAACCAAAAGGGCAUGCUCAACUUAUCUUAGUUCAGCUUGGAAAUAAAAAUGGAACGCGUAAUGGGCAACACCGUGAGCGCCAUAACUCAGAAACAAUCGGGACGGCAAGCAAUAAUUGUGGAAAUAUUGGAACCAACCAAGAUCAAAAAACGCCUUACGUUUUUACUCCAUUGAAAUUUGAGAACUCAUUGGGUAAACUGCAGUACGGAAGUGUAACGGCACCACGCAAAAUUAUUGAUGCCGAAAUUAUGGGUAAUGAGGCGGCUGCUGGCGGAGAUGGAGAUGGCACAAGCGUCAUGACACACUCCACUUUAGUCAACCUUGUCCAUCUGAAAAGCAAUAUAUCUUCAGGAAGCACUGCAACUGGUAUUUUAAGCGAUCUUGCGUCGUCAGCACAACGUAAAUCACGUCACAUUCUGCUUCACAUUGAGACAUUAUACCGCAUUGUCUUAAAAUUGGAAGAUUUAAACAAUCCUACUGCGAUUGCCACUAUUAUAAUGAAGAAAAAAAAAGAGAGCGAGCGAAUCGCAGCUUUAGAGCAACUAGAGAAUGCGAAUAAAACUCAGGAAGAGCGGGCGGCAGAAUCAUCUAAUCCAUCUGCAGUAAAUCCAGCGUUAAAAAAUAAAUUCACAUAUGAGAUUGAAAGGAAAGAAAUACUCGUGGCAAAGUUGAUAGCGGGUCUUUCCCAUGAAGAAGUAACAGCAGUUAUGACUGUCCGUAAGGGAAAGGUAAAGUUCGAAAAUGUAUUUAUCGAUUACGUAGAUUCUUUAACAAAUAUUCGAAAUAUUUAACAACAUAUUUACCUA